CCCCAUGGCAGCGGGCGGACCCUCCGCGGGUGCGGACGGCGCCGCGCGGAUUUUUCCAGGCGUUGUCCCGAAUCAGGCCCGGCCUCAGCCGCGGCAUCCACCCGCCAUCGGUCUCCUCCCACCGCGGCGAGGGCGGAGGGGAGAGGGCCCCCGAGCAGCGGGACCUCCCCUCAUGCCCGGCCCUCUCCCCCCCGCGGGCCGGGCCCCGUGCGAUGGCGGCGGUGGAGGGCUGCCUGCGGGCCGUGGGGCUGCAGUUCUGGGCGGACUCGCUGCAGGCCCUGCCCGCGCUGCUGGCUCCUGCCGCGCUGCUGGGGCUGCUGCUGGGCGCCGCCGCCGCCGCCCUGCUCUGCCGCUGCGCGCUCGGGCCGCGCCGGGGCGGAGAGAAAGAUGAUUCCCAAAGACUUCUGGAAAGCUUCAAUGCUGAUGAAAAAGAGCACGCACUCAUGAAAAGUAAAGCAGAACCCUAUACAUCAAAAGAGGAGAUGGUGCUGGAGGAAGGUGAGUCUCCUCUGAACAGUAACAUUGCAGCAUUUGCGUUAAAGGCAAAAGUGAUCUAUCCCAUCAACCAGAAAUUUAGGCCUCUGGCAGAUGGCUCAUCCAAUCCAUCUUUGCAUGAGAAUCCAAAACAGGCAGUUCUGCCUAAUCAAGUGGUGGAGACUUCCAUGUCAGGCAGCCUGGGAUCCCUGAGCCAGGGAGACAAAGAGGACUGCAGCUCCUCCACAACAAUCCAUUCCACAACAAGUGAUGACAGAUUUCAGGCCCGAGCCUUUCUAAAGGUGGCCAGCUUCCCUGAAGUGCUGACAUGUGAGAGUUUUGAUGUUAAGCUCUGCCUUUGCAGUCUUACUUUACAAGAUCUCAUGCUUCUUGAUACUGAACUCAGAAAAGAAAAAAAUGUGAUGUUUAUUCAGAUUUUCAAGAUAUACCUCACAGACUUCCAUCGUAAAAAGAAGAUUACUGAUGGUUUGUUGAAGAAGAUCCUUUUAAAUCAGGAAAAUGAUUUUGAAGAAUUACAGAAACAACUUGAUUCUAGACUCCAGAAUACUGAAAUGUCAGGAGCCCGUAACUCAGAGUUCCAGACUCUAGAAGACCUGGAAAGGAGGGAAAGGGAAUAUUCUGAGCACGUAAUAGAUAAUAUGGAAGCCUUCUGGAAGCAGACUGACAAAGCCCAGCAGGAUUUUUUGGACCAAUCAAAAUGCUCAAGUGCCAAAGCCGCAAAGAUAAUGAUGGAUCUGACUGAGAAGAUGAUUGCAGUAGAAAGCUUGUUAAGUGAAUCUCAGGACUUGCAGGCGAUGGACAUUCAGGAAAGGUUAUUCAGCUGGGAGCUUAUGGUGAAAAUGAUCGAUUCACUGAAGUCCUCUAUACCAGAAGAGUGUAAGGGCAGAUUAAAUACUGUGUCAAAUAUUCUGGACCACUUAACUGUAAAGAAUAAUCUUUCAGUCCGACAAAAGGAAGAGCUUCUAACAGACCUGCACAAGGCCUUCUGGGAACAGCUGGCACAUUACAGUAAUGAGUGCAUGCAACAAAGUAAAGAGCUGAUCUGGAAGCGGCUGGAGUGCCGUGCCAAGAAGAAGGAAGAGUUCAAACGCAGACGGGAAGCUGAACAAAGGAGUCUCCUUAGCAAAACUUUUCUUACUGAAGAUGUUCAUAAUUUUCUCAAGGCUUACCAUGGGCUGCUGGAGAAACACAGGCAAGCACAGUGGGAUCUGGAGGAGGAGGAUGACUGUGAGAGCACAGAGGCUGUCGCUGAUCUCUACAAGGAGCUGUACUCUAAGGCUUCCCAUGCUUUAGCAGAGUUGGUGACAGAGCUGUUUCUUCAGACCCUGCCUGUGGUGACCAGCCUCUCUGUGAGAGAAUGUGAGCUUCUGAAGGAGGAGUGGCAGGAGAAUUUGGUCCCUCAGCUGGAGAAAUGGGAGAGCCACCGCCAGAGACGCUGGAAGCUUUUCCAGGAGCAGCUACUGCAAGAAAAAGAACUCUGGAUAACAGAAUAUGCUCUGUCUGCUGUGAUGCAAAAGCACCUGUCUGAGAAACAAGAGAAGAUAAUUCAAGGUGUCGUGAGCAGACUAGGAUGCCUCAGUGAUGAGUCUGUUAGCUACAUCUUGCAAAAGCACCAACUUCUGCUGUGCUCAGUGCUCAGCAGGUUCACCUUGCGGAGAGCUGGACUGGCAGCCCUGGCGCGCAUGCGGCUGGCCAGAAAGAAGAGCUCGCUUCAGGAGCUGAGAGAGCAGCACAUCCUGCAGAAGGGAUCCUCCCUGUGCCAAGAUGAGGACCAGUGGCAGUUGCAGAAGGCAGUGGAGUCCCACAUUCGUGAAGAGGAGGAGAAGCUUGAGGAAGAAACACAAGAAAUCAAUUUAGAAUUUCACCAGCAGCUAGUCACAGAAAUCCAAGAAGCUCUUCAGUUUCUUCAGCAGCACAUGGAGCAGGUGAUUGGGCAGACUCUGCUGCAGUAUGCCCGAGGGGAAGCUGAAAAAAAGAUUUCAGAUCAUGAACAGGACUUCAAGAUCAAAACACUUUUGGGCUUGGAAAUCAAUUAUGACUUGUACUGUGUGAUACAGGAGAGACUGGUGGAAUCUGCUGUUGAAAGUGUAUAUGGGACCAGCAAUAAUAUCAGUAGACUGGUGCAAAACUACUACCAGCAAUUAGGAAAAGUCACAGAAGAGUAUGAAGGAAAAAAGCUUCAACAUCUGAAAUCCUUACAAGCAGACGGAAAUGAAAGGAUCAGACUGAAGAAUAAAGAGAAUGAACUGGCAUUGAAAGAAAAACACACCAAAGGCCUCUUACAUGUGUCAUCCACGGUCCACCAAAGGAUGGUUCUCCAGCAGAACAGGAUUUUGACUCAGUUUGAACUGCGGCAGCAAAUUCGUCUGGAGUGUCUGAAACAGAAGCUGCUGGGGCUGCACCACCUGGGAGCUGAGCUGGAGAAUCAGCUAAGGGAGGCAGAGCAGGACUUUGUGAGUGAGUUGGCUGUGCUGACCCGAGUUCCACUGACUGUGAAGAAGAAGCCUUCCAAAAGGAGCAAACCAGCAGGUGAAAAAGCAAAUUCCAAAAGACAGACCUUCCAGUCACCCAAACCAGCAGAAAAAGAUGAUUCUCAUGAAAAUAUUCAAGAACCCCAUGGAAUAACUUCUGGCUUAUGCAGAGAGAUGCCGCAGAGUUCACACGAAGGGGAGACUGAACCAAGGAAAAACUCAAAGAUGUUAAAAAAGAAAGGCAGCAGGUAGUAAAAGCUUUUGUCUGAGCUGUCUGAACACAGUGUACCAAGGCAUCCUUCUGGGGAAUCUCAGCAGCUAUAGGUACUUACUGAGCUGCUUUGCUGAGGAACAACGAAGAAAAUCAAUAAUAACUCAUAAAUCUUUUUUAGCUGCAGACCAAGAAUCAAUCCCAGCUUCCUCUAGCUGUUAAUAAAACAUUCCCUCUUGGUUUUGGUAAGGGGGAACAAGGAAAUCUUUAAUACAAGUUCUCUGAGACUGCUUGGGUAAUGUGCUGGGGAGACAGUUUUAGAUUUGGAAUAAACCUGAGGAUUGUGCACCUGUAGGAGAGCAGGUGCACACUGGGCCCAGGUCAGUGUGUCUCAGUAAGGUUUCAUCACAAGAGUGAUGUACUGUUUACUUUUGAGCCUGAGAUGUGGUACACAGUAGCGUUCUUUCUUGUGAAUGCUACUUUGAUCUAAGGAAAGGAGAUAAAAAUGUAGAGAAUAUGUAAACAGGCUUCAGACGGUACUGAGAGAUCAAAAGAUGACAUUUGGUCUCUCUUUUGUUAUAUUUUUGUGCUUCCAGUCCUAUGUAUGCUUUUUAAAAUUUGUACAAAGAUGUUUAUAUAUCUACUUCUCUGCCUUUGUCUAAGAAUUCAAAUUGUUACUUUUAAAGAAAACGAGAGAAAACUGAUUUACUCUUUCACUUUUUAUGCUUCAGUUUCUAGUCUUCUUCCUUAAGUGCACCCUUUUGUUUCCAGUGUACUUUGUUAUGCUCAUUACAUUUCCUAUGGGAAAUUCUUGUUAUGCAAAGCAGUUACUUCUUACUGGCUGUACAGAGCACCUGUGUUGUGUAAUAAAUUGCCCCAUUUAAGCAAUCCUACAGCUUUCAUGAAGUGGGAGUAUUCUGCCUUUUCAAAAAUAAACAUA